AUGGCGACCUUCCAAAUUUCAGAUGAUUCUUUGAGCCUCCAAGAUAAAAUUAUCUUGAUUACGGGCGGCGCGUCUGGAAUCGGAAAGGCUACUGUGGAGCUAUGCCUCAAGCACGGCGCCACUGUCGUCGCUGGCGAUAUCAACCCGCCCCAAGACUUGGAGGAAACAGACAGAUUUAAAUUCGUCAAAGUUGAUGUCACAUUGUGGGAAAGUCUCCGCGGUGUAUUCGUUCAAGCAGAGAAGUGGUUCGGUCGAAUCGACCAUGUGUUCGCCAACGCAGGCGUGGCAACAACAACGGAUUUCCUUGAUGCGAAGCUUGACGAGAAUGGCGAACUUUUACCUCCUAACAUGCGCACAAUCAAUGUCAACCUUAUUGGUGUUCUCAACACUGUGCAUCUUGCCGCGCACUUUAUCCAGAAACACUCGCGUCACCGUGCAGAGGGCGAACUUGGAAGUAUAGUUGUCACUGCAUCUACAUCAUCUUUCCAGAAUUUCAGCGCUGGCGAUUACACUAUUACGAAACAUGCUGUGCUCGGAAUUAUUCGCGGACUGGAGCAUCAGAUUGAAGGACAGGUGCGACUAAAUGCUGUUGCGCCAUCCUGGACUGCCACUGGAAUGAUCCCAUCGGCGUUCAUCGAAUCUCUUGGUGUUGGUGUUCAGGCACCUGAACUCGUGGCGAAGAGCGUGGCUUUGUUGUUUACCGAUCAACAGCGUCACGCUGAGGUUAUCUACAGCUGGGAUGGCAAAUAUCAAGAGGUCAAUAAGGCAAAGGGUGGAUUACUUGACGCUUCAGAUGCCCUUUUGGAGAAUGCAUCCAAUGAGGAAACAGUUAUGAGGCAGCUGAGGGACUUAAUCAAGCAGCGACAGGGUUUGGAGUGA